AUGGCUGUUCCCUUUGAGGCACUGAUUCCCUACGGAAUCAUCUUGGCCAUGUUCGGAGCGACCGGCGCCGGUCUCUCGAAGUUUCGCAACUGGCAGAACGGCGGCAAGCGGGCACGGCGAUCGGUGGACCAAUGGGACAGACAGAUGAUGAACCGCGACAGAAGGCUCACGGGGAACAUUAGAGGACAAAUUGAUGCCGCGAGGGCACCUGCUGGCUUCGAAGUUAACAACCCCUGGAAGGUCGAGAAGCGCAUCUGCUAA